CUCGUUCACUUUCCUGCUUGCUACAACCGACCUUUGGACUCUCGUUGAAUUUCUUCUCACUCUCGCAUUUUUCUGAUUGAGCAAGAACCUUGCGGUCUGUGACCAGUACUCGAUCCAUCUUCUAUACCCAAGACCCAACUCCCACGAUCCUCGAAAGACCACCUCCGCCAUGGCCUUCCAACCGUACACUCCGAAACCCGUCACCGACAUCUUCACCCACGACACCGACAUCAACCGACGAGAAUGCCGCCGCGUCGUCCCCAUGCGCGUCCUCGCCCUUGGACUCGGCCGUACGGGCACCGCUUCCCUUCGCACAGCCCUCAAAGAGCUAGGAUUCGACGAUUGCUACCACAUGAUGUCCGCGUCGGUUGAGAACCCUCCCGACUGCCUGAUGUGGUCAGACGCUUUGGCAGCCAAGUACGACGGCAAAGGCCAGUUCGGUCGGGAACAGUGGGAUCAGUUGACGGGACACUGCCAGGCGAUUUGUGACUGGCCAGCGGUUGCAUUUGCGAAGGAGUUGAUCGAGGCGUACCCCAACGCAAAAGUCAUCCUCACGACGAGGGACGUCGAUUCGUGGCAUGCGAGUACCUUGAAGACGGUGCAUUGGCGUGCGACGGAACCUGAGUUGAAGCUCGUGUCGAAAUUUGAUUGGGGUGCUGGGUUGUACCAGCCUAUGCUUUCGAAAUUCUGGACCGAGUUCUGGAAUGGCGACUUUGAGAAGAAUGGCAAAGCCCGCUUCAACGAAUACUACGACGAAGUCCGCUCCCUCGUGCCGGCGGACAACCUUCUCGAAUACAAGAUGGGCGAAGGCUGGAAGCCGCUCGCCGACUUCCUCGAAGUGCCCGUUCCCGAGGGCAAGAAGUUCCCGCGUACCAACGACACGGAUGGUUUUGUCGAUCGCUGCCGCAGGAGAAAUCGCAUGCAGAUGAUGAACGUACUUUUCCGCGCGACGGUCGUCGGCGGUGGACUCGCGGCUAUUGUGCUGGGCACGACAAUGACCGUGAGGAGGUUCUUUGGUAGGCGUGCGUAGGUGACGGAUGUGGUGUCCCGUCGGCACUUGCGGGUCAACGGGACGUGUGGUUUGAUAUGUUGUACAUGGUGUCAUGGAGUAGGAUAUAGUGGGCCUCACUGAUCAUUUGCGAAUUGGGCUCUUCGAUAUGGGACGGCGUUUGAGCUAGAUCAUCGGCAUUUCGUC